GCCACCGGCGCGGCCGCCUACGAGCUGCCCCCGGCCGCCGCGGCCGCGGCCGUGCCGCUCUCCGUGCUCAUCCUCAGCCUCCUCGUCCUCUUCUUCUCCGCCGUGCUGGUGGCCGCCGGGCUCUUCGCCUUCGUGCUGCGCCGCCGCCGGCGGAAGCUGCCGUUCCGCGGCCCGCGGGCGGAGGCGGCGGACCUGGGCGCGGUGCCGCUGCGCUGCCCGCGGCUCUUCCCCGAGGGCGGCG